GUUGAUGACGGAAUGGGCGAGGCUUGAGUUUAUCUUGUUAUUGUAAAUUCUUUUAAUUUUAACAAUUUUUCUAUAAAAACAUGUAUAAAUAGGAAGGGAGUAUUUUUUAAAGGUUUAGAGGUUUUUAUUAAAAGUUAUUUCUUAAGCAAAAAAUGAAGAAUAUAUUGUUACUGUUAGCAGUAACGAGUUGCGGUUACGGGAAACUGGAUCCUUAUAACCAGAACUUCCCGCCGCAACAAUUUCCUUCUGAUAAUACGCAGAACGGCACAUAUCGUUCUAAUCCUCAAAUACCGUACGGCAAUCAAGAUUACCAGCAGUCACAAAGUACGUUUUAUAACGAAGGUUUCGACUCUGACCCCUAUCGCGAUGGUGACAAUGAAGUGGACCCGCAGAACACUGCUAGUUACUACGCAGGUUUAGACUACGAGGAGAGGUACAAAUGUCCUCCCAAUUGGAUUCGAUUUAGAGAAUCUUGUUACCGCUUCACGAAGUCUCCCAACCGGCCGAGGAACGACGCCCGGAAGAUCUGCCAAGCUUACGAAUCAGACUUAGUGGCAGUGAAUACUCCUGAGGAACAUGGAUUUAUCAUUACUACUCUAAUGAAAAUAGAUCCUCAAAAGGGUUCCUGGUAUGUUGGAGCGCAUCAACAGUCACCUGGAUACUGGUCUAAUGAUUUAGAUGGUUCUCAGCUGUCAGGUCUUGAAAAUGCUUUUUUUGAAGAUGUCACAUCCAUUUACAACAGCUACAAUUUGCUGCCCCGCGAUUACUUAGUAUACAAGUUCUCACAACAUGAUGGUCGCUGGGGUCUAUCUGCUGUAGAAGGUACUCAAUAUUAUCAUUUUAUUUGUGAAGGGCAGCCUCAAAGGUUAAAGUUUCUAAUAGAGGAUACUAGAUCCUUUACCUAUGGCUUAGAUGUUUAUGAUCCAGAGAGAAUUCCGAGGGGACCUUAUUUUACAAAAGAGCCAGUAGACACAAUAUAUGACCCUCUCCGCAGCAAUUUUGUGCAGCUGACUUGUGUUGCUGGAGGAUAUCCCACACCUGUUUAUAAGUGGUUCAGGGAAGACUACCAAGUUGACAGCCCUGUAUUUACUGAAAUCAACCCCCUGGAUGAUACUAGAUUUAUUGUAAGUGGUGGAACUUUGAUGAUUUAUUAUCCAGAUGCGGAUAAAGAUAACGCAAAAUAUCAUUGCACUGCUUCAAACAAAUACGGCGUCAUCCGCUCUGAAUCAGUCCGACUCUCAUUUGGAUUUAUUAGAGAGUUUAAUCAGAAAAGACCUAUGGAGAGUGGCAAACAAUACUGGGGUAAAGUUAUGUAUUGUGAUCCUCCAUCUUACUAUCCAUCUGUGAAUUUCUUAUGGGCUCGUAAUUAUUUCCCAAAUCUUGUAGAAGAGGACAAGAGAGUGUUUGUGUCUUCAGAUGGCGGAGUAUACUUUUCUGCCCUCGAAUCUAUUGAUAACGGCAAUUAUAGUUGUAAUGUCAUGAGCAAAGUUUCAGACAUGGGUCGCAAUGGGCCAUUUUUCUCACUGUCUGUUUUUCCCCAUUCUGAUUAUCAGCAGCUUAAAUUCCCCAAUAAUUUUCCUAAGCUUUUUCCGGAUGCUCCAGUUGUCGGUCAAGAAGUUAUGUUAGAGUGUGUUUCAUUUGGAUAUCCAGUGCCUUCAUACAAUUGGACCAGGAAAAACAGCCCUAUGCCAAGGCGAGCGAGACUAAGUAAUUACGAUCGCAUUUUGACUAUUUCCAAUGUUGGCGUUGAGGAUGAGGGAGAGUACAUUUGUGACGUCAGCAACGACCGGUCGCGCAUAUCUAACAGCGUGUUUUUAAAAGUACAGGCAGAACCUAACUUUACUAUACCAUUAGCUGACAAGCAUGUUGACAAUAAGGGUGAGCUGCAUUGGAAUUGUGAAGCCUUUGGUAUCCCAGAUGUCAAUUACACUUGGUGGAAAAAUGGCAAUAAACUUUCUAUGGAAACCUUAGAAUUGGAAGACAGGGACCGAUAUAUAAUUCAGGAUAAUGUGUUAACUAUAAAGCACUUAGAUUCUGCAAGGGACCCUGGAAUGUACCAGUGUGAAGCAAGGAAUCAGUUGAAAGCGAGAUAUUCCACAGGGCAGCUGAGAGUAUUAUCAUUGAAACCAUCAUUUAAGAAGAAACCCCUUGAAUUAGAAACAUAUGGCUCAGAAGGAGGAAAUGUAACUUUGAGAUGUAAUCCAGAAGCGGCACCCAGACCAUCAUUUACAUGGAAGAAAGAUGGAAAUGUAAUAGGUGCUGGUGGGAAACGAUUUAUCACUGAGAAUGGGAAUCUGAUCAUUAGACAAAUUUCCAGAGAUGAUGAAGGAAUAUACACUUGUGUUGCCAAGAACCAGUACGGGUCUGAUGAGAGUAGAGGAAGACUGAUAGUUUUACGCGCUCCCCGAUUCCUCGUGCGUCUACCUCCGCGCGUAACAACGCAAGUUGGCCAAGUAAUCUUUUUACAUUGUAGCGCUGAAGUUGAUACACUCUUAGACACGGCUUACCUCUGGAAUCACAACGGCAUCCGCAUGAAGGAAGCAGCCGAUCUUUAUGCUGACAAAAGAAUUAAAAUUGAUGGCGGAGAACUGACCAUUUAUAAUGUUAGUCUUUCCGAUGUCGGCGAUUACGAGUGCAUUGUUAAAGCAGCUAUCGGCCGCAUAUCCAGCCACACACAACUGCGAAUCGAAGGUCCGCCAGGUCCUCCGGGUGGUCUGCAAAUUUUGAACGUUUUGAAAAACACUGUGACUCUCGAAUGGACUGACAGUAAUUCUAACGGGCGCCCGAUCACUGGCUACGCGAUCACUGGUCGAACCAAUUGGAACUCUACAUGGAUUACCAUUGCGGAAAAUAUCGCCAACGUGAUGGAGGUAGAUCGUUACAACGGGCGCAAGCGAGCGGUCGUCCCCGUCACCCUGCAUCCGUGGUCGGUUUACGAAUUCAGAGUUCAAGCUAUAAACUUCCUCGGAAUCGGCAAACCUUCAGCACCCAGUCCACAAUUUUCGACGUUAGCUGACAAACCUUAUGAAGCACCCACAAACGUCGGUGGAGGUGGAGGCAAAAUUGGUGAUCUUACAAUUGCCUGGACUCCUCUACCGAAACAUUUGCAGAACGGACCAGGAAUACAUUAUAAAAUAUUCUGGCGUAGAAACGGAUCUGAAGUGGAAUUCCAGUCGCUCUUGCUAAAGGAAUAUGGGAAUGUUGGUAGUCAUGUUGUGCGUAUAGUGCAUCAGUAUUUUUAUACGCCAUACGAUGUCAAAGUACAAGCUUUUAACGACUUGGGCGCGAGUCCUGAGAGCGAAAUAGUUACUAUAUACUCUGCCGAAGAUAUGCCUCAGGUUGCUCCACAGUUGGUGUCAGCACUUUCCUACAACUCUACAUCCCUCAACGUGACUUGGAAUCCGAUAGACCAAUCCCGCGAGAGGCUACGUGGCAAGCUCAUCGGCCACCGUCUGAAGUAUUGGAAGCAGUCCAACAAGGAGGAAGAGUGUAUCUACUUCUUGUCCAGAACUACGCGCGCCUGGGCUCUCAUUGUAGGCUUGCAGCAUGAUACAUAUUACUUCGUGAAGGUAAUGGCAUUCAACUCUGCGGGCGAGGGUCCGGAGAGCGAACGUUACCUGGAGCGCACGUACCGCAAGGCGCCGCAGAAGCCCCCGGCCUCCGUGAACGUGUGGGCCGUCAACCCGAGUACGGUGCGCGUCGUGUGGCGCUACGUGCAACCCACGGAUGAGGAGGAGCCGCUUAUUGGCUACAAGGUGCGAGUAUGGGAAACCGACCAAGACAUGAGCACAGCGAACGACACCAUUAUACCCGUGGAGCACAAACUCGAAGCAUACGUCAACAACCUCAUACCCGGCAAGACCUACAACCUCCGAGUCCUGGCCUAUUCCAACGGAGGCGACGGUCGUAUGUCCUCUCCCCCAAUCACCUUCCAAAUGGGUGACUACCAUAGCGAUUCUCUAGGGUACUACGUAAGGGGUAACUCUGCUCACAAAGCAAGCUUAGCUUUAGGAUCUCUUUUCUCACUAUUUCUAGGUGUCUCUGCCUUUAGAUGGCUGCUAUCGUGAUGUUUAUUUUGUCCUUAUUUUGCGUAGCUGUGUAACUAAGGUCUGAUAAUGAUAUUAUUGCAAUAGACUUAUACCUAUAUUUUUACAUUGAAGUUUUAAGCUAUAUUUUUGUACUGAAAGACGUAAAUUGAUAAAUAUUUCUUUAUUUGCACAACUUCCGAGGUUGUGAAUUAUCCCGCCCAUUUUACUCGAGAUUUUAUAUAUGUGUCAUUCUCAAUCAAAAGGGUACUUAUUGUCGGUUGUCAAUAAGGCGCUAUUUCCAUAUAGCAUUAAUUUGAAAUCAACCUUAUCGACAAGCGACAAUUUGGUACGUUUUGGUUGAAAACGUCACAUAUUUUUAAAAUUUCUUUUUUACUGCUUUCUUAGCUUUAAAUAAUUUAGUCUCUCAUGCACUACUUUCUAUACGUUAAGAUAGAAUAACUUAAACUUACUAUUUUAACUAACAUUCCAAGUCGAUAUUCUAUUGACAAUAAGCCAGGAUAAAAUCUCAUUACCUAAUGAUAUUAUAUGGAGUCCAUAUCACAAUUUUGAUUUAGAUAUAAGAGAUGUAUGUAAAUAUUUUGCAAUGUGUUGUUUAUACAUUUGUUUAAAAUGAAAUGCAUUUUUACUCCUAUAGACUGUCAAAUUUUAAAAUUAUUAUUAUUUUACUUCUACAAUCCGAGCCAUUUUCUUCGUUUAGGAUAUUAUAAUUAUGUAAGUUAUUUCCAAUUACACGCAUAAUGACAUACUUGCGUAAUGUCACAUGUACGCUAAAUGCUAUAGUAUAUCUACAGGUUCGCGGGCAAGCGUAUACAUUGACAACCAAUUUUAUUAACCUUGGAACUGUGUCGCCUUUUACCAUUAUUCAAUUCCAAGAGCUGAUGAUGAAGUAAACAGUGGGAAUCAGAAAUGGUAGACGAUGAAAAAAAAAGAACGUGAAAUAUCGGAUUGAAAUUUGCUCGGAACUCUUAACUACGUUUAACCUUUUGGACGCCAAUUAAAUGACGAAUAUAUCGGCAGCGUGGGUCCAACGCCAAAGACACACAGACCACAGAGCAACAUAGACCGUGCAUUCGAAUAAAGUUCAAUUACAGUUUUGACACUGGUGGCGUGGCGUCCGAGUGACAGCUUUUGUGUUUGACACGGCGUCGAGUACCUAUGCCCCGUACCGUACGUAUGUGUCAUAGCGAGUGUCGUUUCGCGUGGUAAAAAAUGUGUCAUUAUGCGUCUAAUAUUAUUUUAUUCUAAUUAUGUGGUCCUAUGUAUAGUACAAAGUGAUGAAGUGAAGCAGUGGGGUAACUUACUUGUUAUGUACAAUUGUACAGUCAGCAUCAAAUAAGUGGUGACCAAAUAUAAUUGCAACACAUCCAUAUAAUCCUUAUUGCUUUGGUGUUAAUGGCGUGUUGCAAAAUUUUGGCCUCUUUGGCAGUCACUCUAUUCUAUCUAUCUAUUUGACGCUGACUGUAACAGAAAUUAAGGAAGGUUUUGUUAUCAAGAUACUAAAUCUAAUUUAGCAAUAAAGCAAAAUUCGCAACUCUGGCUGGAAAAGUCCACCCCAGUGAACACUGUUUUUUUCAACUAAAUAUAAAAAUAAAGAAAGUAAUUUAAAAUUGCCUUAAACAUGUUGAAAUCAUUGUACGUAAUGUUUAAUAUUAAAAGUUUCGUGGAAUAAAUGUUUUUAUACUUGAAA